GUGGUUGACACAAGGACCUCUCACGUGUUGAUCAUUCGCAUGUCAUCAUCAUCACCUUCAAGUUUAGCCACUGCUUCUACUGCCUCUGAGAGUAACAUGAAGACGGGAUUAAAGCAAUUCCAUCACCGAUUAAUGGAACACUGGAUCCUCCCCGUGUUUGGUAUCACAGCAUACUCAAUGCUGGGUACUGCUAGUCGUAUUGCAAUCACUGACGGCACCAAGGGCGGAGACUUCUUCUCCUCGUACAGCUAUUUUGCCGCUAAUUGCACCGGUUCACUUGUGAUGGGCCUAAUCAAUGGUAUACCUGAUCUCAAGGCGAAGUGCCCGGGUUUCCAUCACGGUAUGACAGUAGGCUUCUGUGGUUGCUUCACCACGUUUAGUAGUUGGAUAUAUGCUAUUGUAAAAUCUCCCACGCCUAGCAUCGGAGCAGUUGAAUUCUUCUCGGGCAUGUCAAUGCCAUUCAUAUCGUGGCUCCUUGGUAAUGAUAUCGGAGCAGUUUUUGUAGAUCUCUAUAAGGACCGAGAGCCUUGGUUCAGUGAUAAGACUUGGUAUCUCAUUGACAAGGUUCUCGUAUUCUUCCCCUACGUCUUCACUGCUCUUCUGUUCCCUCUUAUUGCCACUCAAGGGGUCUUCCCUCCCAGUAGCGUUUAUGCUAGUUUGUUAUCACCAAUAGGAGCUGUUCCUCGAUGGAUCUCGAGUAGCUAUCUCAACUCGUUAUGGCCUCAGUUCCCACUAGGUACAUUCAUAGCAAACUUGUUUGCUGUGGCAUUCGACGGUAUCCUCAUGGGAGCUGCACCAGGCAAUACCUUCGCUGCUUAUUGUAUUACCGGUAUCGGUGGUUCCUGGUCUACCGUGUCGAGCUUUGUAAACGAUACAUUCAACCUCUAUCGUAAGGAGUGGGAAUGCAAGCGGAGCGUAGCUGUGAAUAAAUUCUGGGUCUACUGGUACCUUACAGUGUCGGUAGGCAUAAGCUUAUCUGUAGCGGCUAUUGUGCAUGCGUGCACCGAGUAGUCAGUAUAUAAGCAUCUGCUACAUAAGCUCAUUCGCGACAUAAUAUUUAUCCUCCGUUAUUGUUGUUGUUCCUCCUCUUCCUUACAACGUUAUCUAGAUCUGUUGCGCCUAACACUCAUUCAUUACGAAUUGAUUUCCGAUGGUGUUAAUGAUCAAAUUAGCAGAUUAUUGUUUGUCCCUAUUGUCCAGGACUAUUGGUAAUGCCAAUUGUUAUUACCUCUUGUUGUGGCUUAUAGUUCCAGAGGG